AUGCAUUUGGAGGAUUUAAGGAGAACUUUUGAUAUUUUACAGAAGAAUAGUUUACUGGUUAAAAGACAGAAAUGUGCAUUUGGUCAAACCAGAGUAGAGUACUUAGGUCAUGUGGUUUCUGCUAAUGGUGUGGCUGCUGAUCCUGGCAAGAUUAAAGCUGUUUUAGAUUGGCCAGUACCCAGAAAUGUGAAGGAAUUGAGGGGAUUUUUAGGUUUAAUUGGUUAUUAUAGAAAAUUUGUUCCUGGUUAUGGAAAAAUUUGCCAACCUUUGUAUCAAUUGACAAAGAAAAAUGGGUUUGUUUGGACUAAUGAUGCUACUGUUGCUUUUGAAAAGCUCAAAGAAGUGAUGACUUCUUCUCAAGUGUCAGCACUACCAGGCUUUAACAUUCCAUUCAUAGUAGAGUGUGAUGGUUCUGGCAAUGGUAUAGGGGCUGUGCUACAACAGAAGGGUAGGCUUGUUGCUUCUUCUAGUAAGUCAUUUGGCCCUAGAAACUAG